UGGUCGUUCGGGACUCAGCGGUUCAAGGAGAUGGCGUCCAACAGCUACAACCGGCGGCUGUUCAUCUUCAGCGCGCUGAACUUCCUGCGCAGGCGCAAGUUCGAUGGCCUCGACCUCGACUGGGAGUUCCCGCGUGGCAAUGAGGACAAGAAGAACUUCGUCGAACUAGUCAAGGAACUGCGUGAAGCGUUCGAAGCUGAGUCCAAGGAGAAGAAGCUCCCGCGACUGCUGCUCACCGCCGCCGUGUCUGCGGGCGCCGAGACUAUCAGGGGCGGCUACGACGUGCCCGCGGUGGCCGCCUACGUGGACUUCCUCAACGUCAUGUCGUACGACUUCCACGGCAAGUGGGAGAGCAUGACGGGACACAACAGCCCGCUGUACGCGGCCGCCAACGAGACCACCUGGAGGAAGCAGCUGUGCAUGGACUUCGGCGUGAAGACCUGGGAACGUCUCGGUGCGCCCAAGGAGAAGAUCGUGGUCGGCACUGGUACCUACGGUCGCACCUUCACGCUGGCCAACCCCAAGAAGAACGGCAUGAACGCCCCGUCCUCGGGCGGAGGGGACGCCGGAGAGUUCACCAAGGAGGCGGGCUUCCUUGCUUACUACGAGAUCUGUGAUAUGCUCAAGAAGGGCGCCGAGUACGUCUGGGACGACGAACAGCUCGUGCCUUACGCCUACCUCGGAAACCAGUGGGUUGGCUUCGACGACGAGAGAAGCAUCAGGGCAAAGAUGAACUGGAUCAAGGCGAACAAUUACGCUGGCGCCAUGGUGUGGACCGUCGAUAUGGAUGACUUCCGAGGUCGUUGCACGCCCAAGACCUGGCCCCUCAUCGGCGCCAUGGCUGAGGAGCUGCUGGGCCGGCCUAGCCGAGGACCCAAGAACGUGCUUCCCAUCGUCAAGAAGCCACGGACGAUUGCUGCAAAGUCGACGCCAACAACGCAGGCUCCGGGAGCCAUCAAGAGGAUCGACAAUCUCAAGGCACCGCAGUCUGCUCUACCUGUCAAGGACGAGGCUCCAGAACCCGACACCAACGCCCGUGUGGUCUGCUACUUCACCAACUGGUCAGCCAAGCGGAAGGGCAAGGGCCACUACGAGCCAGAAGACAUCGACCCGACGCUUUGCACGCAUGUCAUCUACGCGUUCGCCAACAUCAAGGAAUUCAAGAUCGUGUCCACCGAGCCCGUGGACGAAGGCACUGGCGGCGCCCAGAAAGGCUUCUGGGAGAGGAUUGUGGCCCUCAAGUCGAAGAACCCGCUGCUCAAGGUCAUGCUGGCCGUCGGUGGCUGGAUGCUGGGGUCUGCGCCCUUCAGGGAAGUCACCGAAAACUCCUACAGGCAAUCUUUGUUCGUGUUCAACGCCAUCGACUUCCUGCGAGAGAAGGGCUUUGACGGUCUGGACGUCGACUGGGAAUUCCCCCGAGGCGCUGAGGAUAAGAAGAGGCUGGCUGGCCUCAUCAAGGAGCUGCGGGUAGCGUUCGAUGGCGAGGCUCUGGCGUCCAAGAAACCCCGACUAAUCCUUUCCAUGGCGGCGCCGGCCAGCUUCGAGGCAAUCUCCGCUGGAUACGACGUCGAGGAACUGAACAAGCACGUGGAUAUGAUCAACAUGAUGACGUACGAUUUCCACGGUGACUGGGAACGUCAGGUUGGACACCACAGCCCGCUGUUUCCGCUCUACACGGCCAGCAACUUCCAGAAGAAGCUGACUGUGGACUACAGCGCUGGCGAGUGGGUGCGCAAAGGUGCAAGCAAAGAGAAGCUGCUCGUCGGUAUUCCGACGUACGGUCGUACCUUCACGCUGGGAGACAACAAUCUCACCGACAUCGGAGCGCCAUCCAUUGCUGGCGGAAAGCCUGGGAACUACACGGGCGAGACGGGUUUCCUCUCGUUCUUCGAGGUAUGCGACAAAUCUGCGGACCUCUUGCGAUCUGGAGCAACGCUUGUGUGGGACAAUGAGCAGAUGGUGCCUUACGCCUACAAAGAGGACCAGUGGGUCGGCUUCGGCCAGAGGAGUCUCCAGCUCAAGGUCCAGUGGCUGAAGCAGGCUGGCUAUGGAGGAGUCAUGGUCUGGUCUGUGGAUCUCGAUGACUUCAAGGGCUCAUGUACGGGUCAGAGCUACCCGCUGCCUCAGGCCAUCAAGGAGGAGCUUAAGGGCUACAAGGUUGCCAACUUGGAAGUGGCAUCCUCUAAUGUCUUCAACUCCUACGGACAGCUCGUCGAUCCCGACGAGGUUGUGUGUGACGAGGAGGACGGCCACAUUAGCUACCACCUGGACAAGAAGGACUGCACCAUGUACUACAUGUGCGAGGGCAAGCGGCGACAUCACAUGCCGUGUCCCACGAACCUCGUAUUCAACCUGAACGAGAGUGUGUGCGACUGGCCCGAAAACGUGGACGACUGCAAGCACAUCUCCAAGACGUCCUCUUCGUAGUCCAGCUGUUCUUCC